UAACAUAAGCGCUUUACAUGCGUUGCUGUUCAUUUCUUUACCCUUUGGAAGCACCGCCGGUGUGUUGGUUUUGAUUCUUCUUUCCUCACCUCUGCUCCGCGAGACGAACCUCAUCCUCCUUCCACCGCGGCCACCUCUUCCUCUCGGAAGAGGUUUUCAGAGUCUGCCUCCGAUUCCAAGAUCAAGUUCAGUCUCCAACACGAGUUCGGCGACUCCGAUUUCUCCGACGCCAACAAAUUCUCUGCUUGCCUCAAGACUUGGAGCCGCGGCGGUCAGGUUCUCCUUUCAGUGGAAAAGGUUUUUCAAAAGGACUGGUUAUCUUUCCUUCACUACUUCAUUUGAAUAUACUUGUCACUCUUCAUAGGUCUCUUCAAUUUAAUUUUUACAAGCUGAAGGCAUGAAUGCGUUCAAGGCAUACAAGGCUUGCGUGCCAAUUGCUUGGAGCCCAAAUCUCUACAUAACUUUGGUGAGGGGUAUUCCAGGGACCAGGAGGCUCCAUAGGCGCACUUUGGAAGCACUUCGCCUACGCAAAUGCAAUCGAACUGUCAUGCGAUGGAACACACCUACGGUUAGGGGGAUGCUCCAACAGGUCAAGAGGUUAAUUGUUAUUGAGACAGAGGAAAUGUACAAGGCCCGCAAACAGAAGGAGGAAACGCACCGAGCUCUACGUCCUCCGCUGGUCAUAAGUCAUAAACCUCCCUCGCUUACUGAUGCUUUAUGAAGUCCACUGUGUUCUUAAGGAUAUUAUCUUCUUGCUACUAAAACUAUUUAAUGCCAUUGUUUAAGGCUUUCUUCUCCAAUGGACAAAGUUUUGUUUUGAAGGUAUUGUCGUAGUUGAAUCUAUAAUUUUGUAAUGUUUUCUACUGAUAACAUUAGUCAAAUUCAGGCUUCUGCUCGUGAAA